GCCCUUUUGCCGUCGAAUAGCCCGGGUCUCCAAUGGGCUCAGCUUGAUCUUGAGGGCUUGUUGCCUGCAACAGAACAACUCUUAGAACAUUCACUGUCUCAUUCGGGUCCCUCCGACUCAUUCUCUCAUAAAUCCUAGCUAGUGCUCAGUUGUGGAUUAUCAAGAAGCCCGCUCAACCCCGAUACCCGACCGACCGAACAAUGGGCUCCGACCAAAAGCCCAAGAAGCUGCCCUGGGGCAUAGACAAGCCCAAACCGGGGUCUGUGAAGAAGAUCGCAGACACCAAGCUGCAAGCAUUCUCUGUCGGUAUCAACAAGAAGACAGCGUUUCAGAAACAGCAAGAGGAGGCUGCGUUGCGGAAGAAGCAAGAGGAAGACGAAGCAGCAAAAGUGUACGCCGAGUUCGUCGCCUCAUUUGAUCAAGAUGCCUCAAAGCCAAAGGGAUGGGUAAAAGGAGGCGUCAUUAUGCCCAAAGGGGUCUUUGAUUCCCAUGAGGUGGAAGAGUCGAAGCAACCGGCAGCAGCCAAACCUACGCUGUACAUGCCGCAGCCGUUUGUGAAAGCCAGUGCUGCUGUCGAUGCUACUGCCCCGAAGUUGUUUGUGCAGGAACGUAAUGCAAAACCGCUGCUGGACGAGGAUGUCGAACGGAAUGUGCCAAAACCACAGCGGAAACGAAACCUCGACAUGUUCCUGGAAGAGCUGAAAAGGGAUCAAGAAGACCGAGACGAACGCCUGCGAUCAAAACAUGCACGUCACGCCGCUUCCGGCGUCGACCAAAUGUCCGAUUCGGGCUCGUUAACUCUACGAGCGGCAUUCGAAGAGCGACCGGGCUCCCACGACACCGGUGACCCCGAUACGACCAACCUGUAUGUCGGCAACAUCAACAUCGCGGUCGACGAGGAUCUCCUGUGUCAAGAGUUUGGACGGUACGGGCCUAUUGCCAGCGUCAAGAUCAUGUGGCCGCGCACGCAAGAGGAGAAGGAACGGAACCGAAAUUGUGGGUUUGUGAGCUUUAUGACCCGCGAGGCGGCGCAGGAGGCUUUGAAGAACUUGGAUGGGAAGGAUUUGAGGGGGAAUGUGCUCAAGGUUGGGUGGGGCAAGUCUGUCACUUUGCCUCCGAAGCCUGUAUAUGUGCAUCCGACGGCGAUGAAGCAAAGCAGAGCGCCUUCCGGGUAUCCAUUCAACGCGCAACUCGGGCGAUCCGUAGGAGGAUUCGGCGCUGUCCCCCCUCCCAACGCACUCAAAGGCGCGCAUGCCGUUCCCGCCAAAGGCCGUCUAGACGUGGAGGUCCUCCCACCCGCGGACCGCGAGACCACCAUGAUCAUCCAUCGAUUCAUCGAGCGGGUGGUCAAGCACGGACCUCACUUCGAGGCGUUGAUUAUGGACCGGGAGAGGGACAAUACGCAAUUCGGUUUCUUGUUUCAGCAUGAUUCGCCUGAGCAUGUAUAUUAUCGCUGGAAGCUGUACUCGAUCCUACAAGGCGACCGGCCGAACAAAUGGCCCACGGAUCCGUUUGAGAUGUUUGAUGAUGGGAUCGUGUGGACACCGCCAGAGGUGCCUUUUGACGAUGAUGUGCUCAACAGCGACGAAAUCUGGUCGUCCACCUCCGACUCGGAAGACUCCAAUUCCGAGUCCGAGCAGCCUCGCUCGAAACCCAAACCCGGUCGCAACAGCACCACCACAAAAGGCACUCUCCCCCCCAAAUCCCGCCUCCGCCUCGAAUCCAUGCUCCGCAACCUCACCUUCGACCGCCACCUCAUUGGCCGCAGCAUGGUCUUCUGCCUCUCCCACGCCCUCGCCGCCGACGACGUCAUCUCCACCCUCAUCAAAUCCCUCCUUAUCCCGCAAACGCCCAUCUUCCCCACCAAGAUCGCGCGGCUGUACCUCCUCAGCGAUAUCUUGCACAAUACCGCGACACCGAUACCCAAUGCGUGGAAGUAUAGGAUGGGGUUUGAGAAGCGGCUUGUAGAGGUUUUUGAGCAUCUUGGGGAGGUGAGGAGGGGGGUGGGGAAACGGUUACGGCGGGAGCAGAUGAGACGCGCGGUGUGUGAGGUGCUGGGUGUGUGGGAGGGGUGGAUUGUGUAUCCCGAGGAGUUUGUGGAGAAGUUGAGGGAGGCGUUCUUGAGGGAUGGGAAUGAGAGUGAGGAUGCGGUGCUCAAAGGGAACGAGGGACACGCAUUGAAUGACAGCCCCACCACCACCAAGCGCGAGAGCCAUCCCGAAACUGCAGAGGGGGGCGUGACCGACACCAACGGCGGGUUUGUCAAAAGCAAAUGGACAUCUAUCGACUCCCAGCCCGAAGACGACAUGAAUUCCAAUUACCCCGCUCCCGCCACUCUCCCCACCCACUCCAACGACAAUAAUACACCAACCCCACCUUCCUCACUGCACGUUUCGAACAUCAGCUCUUCUUCGUCUGCCUCCUCAACGCCGAGCGAAGACGGCGUUUCGACUCCAGUCGAAAUCGAGGAGAUUCGGAAUGCGAAUGGGAGUGGGAGUGGGAUACAGGGUGGAGGGUGGCAGCCUUUGGACGAGGAACAGGCAUCGGAUGUGGGUGUGGGUAUGGGAGACGAGGUGGAUGGGCGGCGGGAGGAGAGGCAGGUUCCAGUGCCGGUGGGAGACGAGGAUGAGGAAGACGAUAUGUUUGCGUAGAUUUGUGUGUGUGAUAUGCGGGCUUCUUUGCCGCGCUUUUUGGAGUUUGGAUUGGCUAUGUUGAAGAACAGUUACUGUACAAGCGUUGGGAGCGAGGCCAUGAUUUUACACUUACUUGGUGUUAUGCCGGGAGACGCGAGGUUCUAGAAGCACGCCAUACGGCGCG